AUGUCUACCGAAGUAUCAAACAACGGUGUGAUUUUCACCAAAACUAUUGACUCUGGAUUACCAGAAAUUGAUAAACACUUUAAAUACAUCGAACGCAAGUUUAAAAUUUCCCCAGAUGUAUUGGAAAAAGAUGAAAUCUUGAUCAGAAAUGUUUAUUUGUCUCUCGAUCCGCAUUUUCGUAAUCUGAUGAAAUCCGCGCAUAUGGUUGAAACAUAUACUGUAGGAAAUGUCAUGAAAGCUGGUGGUAUUGGUGUAGUGGUUCAUAGCAAAAAUGAUCAAUGGAAAGAAGGCGAUGUAUUCUUGGGUGAUUUAGGAUGGGAAGAGUAUAGCAAAAUUUCUCCUGAUGAAGUGAAAAAUGGGUUAUUCUUUAAACAAUACCUUAAAGACGCAUUAAACGAUGGUAUAAAAUGCAGUUAUUUUCUUGGAUUACUCGGUAUGCCAGGUUUUACCGCUUAUGUCGGUUUACUUGUAUUUGCUAAGCCAAAAAAAAAUGAAACGAUCUUUAUCUCGGCUGCUGCGGGAGCUGUUGGUCAGGUCGUAGGACAAAUUGCAAAAAUUAAAGGGUUGAGAGUUAUUGGAUCAGCUGGUGAUGAUAAUAAAGUCGAUUAUUUGUUGAAUGAAUUAAAAUUUGAUGACGCCUUUAAUUAUAAAAAAAUCAAUACCGAUCAAGCGUUAAAAGAAACUUGUCCGAACGGAAUUGAUAUUUAUUUUGAUAACGUUGGCGGGGAAACACUUGAUAUAGCUUUAACCCAUUUAAAUCUCAAAGCACGUGUAAUUGCAUGUGGAAUGAUUUCUCAAUUUAAUUCAACAUCAAAAUAUGGUGUUAAAAAUCUCAAUGUUCUUGUAGAAAAAAGAAUUACAAUUUAUGGAAUGUUGAUAUUUGAUCAUUAUGAAGAGCAUUAUGAUUCAUUCCUAAAGGAGAUGGUACCAUGGUUGAAAGAUGGUAAAUUAAAAUAUAAAGAACAUCAUGUUAACGGUAUUGAAAAUGCACCUCAAGCUUUCUUGGAUUUGUUUAAUGGUAAACAUUUUGUAUGA